GGGAAGGGGCAAAGGGACACCCUAGCCGAGGGGGAGCCUUGGAGUCACUCUCUUUCUCUUGCUCCGAUGCAUAUAACAAACACUGGAAAUGCUGGGGUUGCUCCUGGCACUUCCUGCACCAUUUCUACCUGGGGGUCUCAGAGCCCAUCCAGGGUCUUCCCUGGUUCACUUAGGUGGGGUUCGUGGAUGACCAACUCAUCUCAUGCUAUGACAGCAGCACAAGGAGGGACCAGCCUCAAGUUCCCUGGGUGGAGAAGGCAGAGGAGCAGGAAACACUUCAUGCUCGGGAUGCCGAGUUCUUCUUCAGGCAGGCCCUGAUGAUCCUGCAGAGUCACUACAAUCAGCAUGGAGGCACCCACUGGCACUCCCUGUGCCAUUUCUACCUGGGGGUUUCAGAGCCCAUCCAGGGUCUUCCCUGGUUCACUCAGUUGGGAUAUGUGGAUGACCAACUCAUCACUCGCUAUGACAGCAACACAAGGAGAGACCAACCUCAAGUCCCCUGGGUGGAGAAGGAGGAGGAUUCCUGGUUCUGGGAGCAGGAAACACAUCAUGCUCGGGAGGCUGAGUUUUUUCCCAAGCUGGCCCUGGUGAUCCUGCAGAGUCGCUACAAUCAGCAUGGAGGGCUCCAUACCUGGCAGUGCCUGUUUGGCUGUGCACUGAGCAAAGACAGGAAGCAGAAAGGAAGGUUUAUGCAGUGCGGUUAUGAUGGGCAGGACUUCAUCAGCCUGGACAAGGAGACCUUCACCUGGACAGCAGCCGAUGAUGCAGCCCAAGUCACCAAGAGGAAGUGGGAGGCUGAUCCAGACAUUGCUAAGAUAUUGAAAGGCUACCUGGAGGGGAAAUGCAAUGAGAGGCUGCAAAAAUACCUGGACCAUGGGAUGGUGGCUGUGCGGAGGAGAGGUAAGGAGGGGAAGGGGAGCAGUUUGUGGAGAAAGGAGGAGCAGGAGCAGAGGGGAUGCUUAUCGGAUCUACAGAUAAUACAAGGUGAGGAGGCGGAGCCAAGAUGGCGACUGGUUAACAGCUCAACUCACACAAGCUCUUGCCCCAACCUGGGCUCCUCCCCGCCACUUCCUGGGCAUGGCUUCCAGGGGCUUGCCACCCCCAGAGGGAGGAAAAGAUCUUGCAAGAGCCCUGCCAGCAAGAGUCCUGCCAGCGACAAUGGAGUGUGCAUUGGAAAGAAGAAACAAAUGAAGACCAGUGCCUUCCUCUCCCCCUCAGAGGUGGCAGCAGGAGAUGUGAGCACUGUGAUUUACAACUCUGGGCACGGAAUCUCCUUCCCCUUCAGCCAAGGAGGCCUCUUCAUGCAAGCCAGCAUCUCGGAAGGCAGCAAUAAAUCAAACUCCUCUGAUACUGUCUCAUCAGGGGGCCGAGUGGAGCCCCCAGCAAUGAAAGUGACACACCAGGUGGGCCCUGAUGGCCUUGAGAUCCUCACCUGCCGGGCCCACGGCUUCUACCCCAAGGAGAUUGAUGCCACCUGGAGGAAGGACGGGGAGUUCUGGGAGCAGGAGACCUUCCGUGGGGCUGUUACUCCUAACUCAGAUGGGACCUACCACAUGUGGCUCAGCAUUGAGAUUGACCCCAAGGAGAGGGAGCACUACCGGUGCCAUGUGGACCAUGAAAGCCUUUUGGGACCACUGGACUUAGCUUGGGAGAAGCCUGGCUCAGUGCCCAUGGGGAUCAUUGUGAGUGCCAUACUCUGGGCUGUGGCUGCUGGUCUGCUGGUGGCUGGGAUUGUCUUUUACGUCAUAAGUUGCUGGAAGUCUUGCAUUACUGUCAUGGAGAAAAGGCAGCACGAUGUUUCCAGAGCAACCCGAGAACCAGCAGCAUUGCCAGGAGAAAGGAGCCCUUUCCUCCCCUCACAAGUGCACACUGACCAUCUACCCAGCAUCUGUGGAGAGCCUCAUCACUCUCUGCAUAGGAGAGGCAUAUAUAGCAUGGUUGCAGAGGACACCCCAACAACUGGAUUUCAACAAGAGGAGGUGGGACAGAGAAGCUCCAUCUUGCCAUUCUCCUCGCAUCGCCUCCGAUCAUAUUCUCUUCUGCCUCCUCCUCCUCCUGGAAUUGCAGGGGGACAACUGAGGUGCCAGGCCAACGUACAUAAGAAGAGUUUUUCAGUGUAACAUAGUCAAAUAUAAGCUGCCAGGGAAGACUGGCGAUGUGGGUGGGGGGGCAGUUAAUAUAUGAUUGGUGCAGGUAUUUUGGCCUCACGGUGGGGCCGAUCUCCCUCUCAAACGGGCCCAAGCAGCCUCGUUUGGGAGGGAGAUUGGCCUGCGCUGCACUGGCAGCGUGGUUGGAAUGGCUCUCCCUGUUGGAAGUGAAGGACUAUGCACUGUCUCUUGUCUCAGUGACAUAGGAGGACAGACUAGUGAGUCAGAGGGCUAGAGGGUCAAGACACUGGUCAUCUCUUCUCUGCUACUCUGACACUAUCCCUUUGAUAUGUAGAUUGCUAAUCUCAGGGACUUCCUUCCUUCCUGCCACUUCCUCUUCCCUUCUUCUCUUCCCUUGCUUCUACCUUGCAACAUGCAAGCUCCUCUCCCCUGCACCAUGUGUGCAGAGAUGCAGAAUCCAUCUGUAUCCAGCUAGAUAGAUAGAUUAGAGAUCCUAUCUCCUUCCUUUCCUAUCUAGAAUGGAGUUCUCUAAUAAAUACUACUUAUAUUGAUUUGAAACUAUGAACUGGCUCCAAGUUACUUUACUCUCCGCUUACACGCAUGCCUAACUAAAUUCCGCUGUGUUGUGCCUCUGUGCACUCUGAUAUAAUGAAAUAGAGUUUCUCUUACCAGAGAGACUUCCCAAUACUCUCUGCCUUUAAAGGCAGGGAGAGUUGCUCCGGUCUGUGCUGCCCAACGCAGCGUGGACUGAUCUCCCUCCCAAACAAGGCUGUGCAGCCCCCAAACGAGGCUGCGCAGCCCCAUUUGGAAGGUAGACCAUGCCCCACACCUGAUGUCAGAUGUGGGGGCAGCCCCCUGCAUCUGACAUCAGAUGCCAGGGCGUGGGGCCAGCCUUGCUCUGUACCUGAGAGUUAGUAGUUGUAGAACAGCAUAGCCUAAAUGUAUAUAAAUAAAUAUAAAUGUAUAUAAACCAGGAUUCAGAGUCUACACAGUCUGCUCAUAUUCAGAUUUCAUGCAGUUUGCUCAUGCAAUCCUGUUUCUCUCAUACUCACACCCGUGUUGGGGAGAUGGCCAAUCUCUCAAACUACAGUGCACUAGACUUAAAGUAGGUUCAAUAAAAUGGCACCUGUGUCCCCAGAUUUCGAUGUCAGCUGAAGAGGUGCAUAGCAAAGUGUGUAUCGAUCUUUAUAGGUCUCCUCCAGUGUCUGGGGAUUAGGCAAAACCAGAAAAAUGGAUCCUGCUGGCAGAAUCUGGCUGCUGAGAUCAUCUGGGGAGGUCCGGCUGUGGUUGCUACCAGCUCGGUUGAUGGUGACUCGGAACCGGGCCUUUUCUAGCGUUUCUUAUCUUAGAGAGCGCCUUCUUCUGCAUGAUCCCCACCGCACAUUAAGGUCAUCUGAGGAGGUCCAUCUCCAGUUGCCACCGGCUCGUCUGGUGGCGACUCAGAGGCAGGCCUUCUCUGUAGCUGCUCCUGGGCUGUGCAAUGCACUCCCGGCAGAAAUUCGUAAUUUGAGAUCAUUGCUGUCUUUCAGGAGAGCCCUUAAAACCUAUCUGUUUGGCCUGGCCUUCCAGGGUUUUUAAACUACUGUAAACGGUUUUUAAUUGUUUUAAAUGGUUGCUCUGGUUUUCCAGGGUUUUUAGCUGUUUGAAUGUUUAAUUGGUUUUAUUCUGUUUUUAUCGUUUUGAUUUUAAUUGUUGACAGGUUUUAAUUGUUUUUUUUUUUCUGUUGUAAACCACCCUGAGCCAUUUUGAAAGGGUGGUGUAUAAAUCGAAUAAAAAAUAAAAAUAAAAUAAAAUAAAUAGAGUUCCCCGGGACUCUACAAUGCGCUCCCUAAUGAAACAAGCAGACUAACCCUCCACCACCAGUAAACCAAUGUUUUCCAUUACAUAUGAGGGGAGGGUUGGUUUCUGACCAUUUCCCUUUCCCCAUGCAGCCUCCUGAAAAAAUGUCCCUGGGGGUUCCCCAACCCACAUCUCUGUAUUUGUCAAUGAAUGUAUAUAAUUAAGAUACUCUCAUGUCUGACUAUAAAUAUGGUGCCGUGCUCCAUAUGUCCUACAUGAACCUUAAGAUCUUCUUUGGAGACCCUCCUCUGGAUGCCCUUGCCAAAUGAAGUGAGGCAGGUGGCUACCAGGGAGAGGGCCUUUUCAGUGGUUACUCUGAAUGUUUUUAAGAAGGACCUGAUAACAUACCUGUUUAGCCAGGCUUUUGGUCUAUAGUUUUAACGCUACAGGUUUUAGAGUUUUUAUUUGUAUUUUAAAUUGUUUUAAUCGUGAAUGUUUUAAUGGUUGUUUUUAGAUUGUGAACCACUCUUGGGGACAUGUGUAUAGAGUCGUAUACAGAUAUGCUAAAUCAAUAAAUAAAAUUA